AUGUCGACUCUGUCCUCUCCUCGUCCUUCAAUCGCUUCGUCUCGGGCCCUGUCGCCUACUCCUGCUUCCUCACGCCGCCCAUCACUCGACGCUCUAAACACCAAUGUUGGCGGCGGUCUCAGCGCGUCGUCCACCCCUUCGACUGCACGAGCUGCCUCGCCAUCGCUGCGCCCAAGACGCAACCGGGCUGCUCUUCGGGACUACUAUAAUUUGAAGCCAACUGCUUUGGAUCCGUCUGUCGGCCCACGCUCCCCAAGCGUGCCGCGACACACCGCUGAUAUAUCGAGCCCAUCCGUAGUCUCGUCAGGCACAGAACUAGACAACCCAGACUUUGAUCCGCAACGCUAUGUAGACCAUCUCCUAGCCACUUCGUCUCUCUCUACAAUCCUAAAGGCAGAAAACACUCUCGUUGGGGAUAUCCGCACGCUAGACAGCGAGCGGAAGGCUCUCGUCUACGAUAACUACUCGAAGCUGAUCGGGGCGGUCGAAACUAUCGGCAAAAUGCGCCGCAGUAUGGAUGAUCGAAGUGCCCCACUAACAAUGACGAAGACCUUGGGACCGGCAAUUGCAUUUGUGGCGGAAACCGCAGGCGGCCUCAUCCAAGAGGGAGAAUUGCAGCGGCGGCAGAUAAAAGAGGCCAGAUCGUCGGAUACCGCAGGCCGUAGGAAGCCUGAAAAGGAGACUGUCAAGUGGGUUCUAUCAACACCAGGAAGGCUCGAAAAGCUCCUUGCGGGUGGGGAAAGGAAAGCGGCCGAGAAGGACUGGGACGAGAUUUGCAGCCUACUGGACAAGUGGGGAGAGGUAAAAGGGGUCGCGGACAUCCGAGAAGCCUGCAACAAGAUCAUGGAAAAGAGCGAUGAAGCGUCCUGA